UUUUUUUUUUUGCAGCAGCGCGAUGUUUCUUUAUAGAUCUACUCUAGAUCUAGAUUAUAUGAAAAUUAAAGUUUAAAUUGAAUCUAUCAAAGUCAAUUCUAAGUCUAUAGUCUCAGAUUCUAUUACUGAUAGUAGUGAUAUAUCUAGAUUAUUCUAGAUCUAGUUGAUAGUAUCAGAGAUCGCAGUUCGCUGUCAAUAUCUACUAUCUAGUCUAGAUCUAUAUUUUCUAGAUUCUAUAUCAAUAACAAUUUAAUAUUUAUUUAUCAUGGCUACUGAAAUUGAUCAGCGCCUACGUGAAAUUCAAAGAGAAUAUCUUGAUUUUCUGGAUGAUGAUAAUGAUCAAGGUAUUUAUAUUCAGAAAGUGAGAGACAUGGUGUCAAACAAUGAAAUUCGUAUAAAAGUUAAUGUCAAUGACCUGAGGAGAAAGAACCCCAAAAGAUGCUUCCAGCUUCUUAAUGAAUCAUUCGAGGAGCUUAUCUGCUUUCAGCGUGCUUUGAAAGAUUUGAUUUCCUCGGCUGAUCCCUUGUAUGGCAAACAACAUGAGGAAUUUUUCAUUGGAUUUGAAGGGAGUUUUGGAGAUAAGCACAAUACACCAAGAUCACUAACAAGUAAAUAUCUUGGAAAUAUGGUGUGUGUUGAAGGCAUUGUCACCAAAUGUUCUUUGAUUCGCCCGAAAAUAGUUAGAAGUGUCCACUACUGCCCAGCCACCAAAAAGACUCUGGAAAGGCGUUACACAGAUCUCACAUCUCUUGAAGCGGUUCCAAGUAGUGCAGCAUAUCCAACUAAAGAUGAAGAUGGAAAUUUGCUUGAGACGGAGUUUGGCCUGUCUGUGUACAAAGAUCACCAGACUUUCAGUAUUCAAGAAAUGCCAGAGAAAGCGCCACCUGGUCAGCUACCUCGAUCUGUAGAUGUUAUCAUUGACAAUGAUCUUGUAGACAGUUGUAAGCCUGGUGAUAGAGUUCAAGUUGUGGGGAUGUAUAGAUGCUUGCCUGCCAAAAAAAAUGGUUUCACAACAGCGACAUUUAGAACUGUCUUGAUUGCCAACAAUAUAUCCUUAUUGAGCAAAGAAGUAGCUCCACUCUUUUCAGCAGAUGAUGUCGCUAAAAUUAAAAAGUUUGCAAAAGAUAAGAAACAUGAUGCAUUCGAGUUGUUGUCUCGCUCUCUGGCGCCAUCUAUUCAUGGACAUGAUUAUAUCAAGAAAGCUGUUCUGUGUAUGUUACUGGGAGGAAAUGAAAAAGUUUUGGAAAAUGGAACGAGGCUAAGAGGAGACAUCAAUGUUUUGCUCAUUGGUGAUCCCUCAGUUGCCAAAUCACAAAUGUUGAGAUAUGUGCUCUUCACAGCACCCAGAGCUAUACCAACAACUGGUCGUGGUUCUUCUGGUGUUGGUCUUACUGCUGCAGUCACAGUGGAUCAAGAGACUGGUGACAAACGUCUUGAAGCUGGUGCCAUGGUGUUGGCAGAUCGUGGUGUUGUGUGUAUAGAUGAGUUUGACAAGAUGUCUGACAUUGACCGCACUGCCAUUCAUGAAGUUAUGGAGCAAGGUCGUGUGACUAUUGCCAAAGCUGGUAUCCAUGCCAAGCUGAAUGCCAGAUGCAGUGUAUUAGCUGCAGCUAAUCCAGUUUAUGGAAGAUAUGACCAAUUCAAGACCCCAAUGGAAAACAUAGGAUUACAAGACUCUCUAUUGUCUCGUUUUGAUUUACUGUUCAUUGUACUUGACAAGAUGGACCCAGAUUCUGACAGGCAGAUUGCUGAACAUGUUCUGAGGAUGCACAGAUUUAGAGUGGCUGGAGAACAAGAUGGAGAUGUACUACCCAUGGGAAACUCAGCUUUCAUGUUGGCCACCCAAGAUCCUGAUGCUGACACUCAAGAACUUCAAGAGACUCCAAUAUAUGAAAAAAGAGAUACAUUCUUACAUGGGCCAGGAAAGAAAGGAGAGAAAAUUGUCAGCAUGCAGUUCAUGAGAAAGUAUAUCCAUAUUGCUAAAGGCAUGAAACCCAUCCUUACAAGGGCUGCUUCUGACUAUAUUGCUGAAGAAUAUGCAAAAUUAAGAAAUCAAGAUAACUUAACACAGGACAAUAUUGCAAGGACUCAACCAGUCACUGCUCGAGCUCUUGAAACAAUCAUUCGUCUGUCCACUGCCCAUGCUAAAGCAAGAUUAAGUAAGCAUGUUGAAAUGCAAGAUGCCCAAGCUGCGGUUGAGCUGGUGGAAUUUGCUUAUUUCAAAAAGGUUUUAGAAAAAGAAAAGAAAUCUCGUCGCCGAAUGCACAAAGGUAGUGAUGACAGUGAAGAUGAAGAGGAUGAAGAAGACAGCCCUGCUCCUAAAAAGAAACGAACCUCAAGGUCACAGGGUAAAGAUGGAGAUGAAAGUGAUCCGUAUGACUUUGAGGAAAGUGUGGAAGAACCAGAUACAGCUACAGUCAUUGAAGAACAAAAGAAGAGAAGAUUAUCUGGCUCUGCCCCCUCUACUCCUGCAGCACCCACACAGAUAACAGAAGAGAGAUUAAAAGUGUUUAAGUCAUCUUUGAAUCAGCUUUUCAAGAAGUCCCAGACACAGUCUAUUAAUCUGGACUUGGUUAAAGAACAUAUGGCUUCUCAGCACAAGGACACACCUUAUACAGAGAGUGAAAUUUUGGGUGCUAUAGACAAAAUGAUGGAUGAAAAUCAGGUUAUGCUAUCUGACAAUGUUGUAUUUUUGAUCUAAGAAAUUGAGAAUGUUCUGUUUAGUUAUGAUCUUAAAAAAAAAAAUCAAUGCUAUAUUUUGAAUUUUUAAUAUUGUGAUUAAAAUGUAUUUCAGUAAUGUAUUUUUUCAUCAAUUUGAUACAUUCAACUAUUGUUUUGUAUGUUUGUGUAAGUCUUGAAAUAUGAUACUUCCAUUUCAAAUGCUUAAUACCUUAGAUUAAAUAUAAAUUAUUGAAAAAAAAACCAACUCAAAAUGUAAAAUUAUUUAGUAAAUGUAGAAAAUAACUUUGUUCGAAUACUUUUUUUUUUAAAUGAAGAAAAGAUUUUUUUGUAUGCAUGAUUAAUAAUUAAUUUGACUACUAAAAAGAUCAGAACAUUUCCUAAUAUUUUGCUGCCUCUGUGGGUUUGUGAAAUGGCCUGAGCAUAUUAGUUCUUAACCAGAUGUCUUAGGCCCACCAGAUUGGGCGGAACCUCCAAAAAUAUUUUCCCCAUCUUAAAAUCUAGCCUAUCUUACAUAAAGGGUUGGAGAAGGGAUCACCUUCAUCUAUCCCUUAGUCUGUUGGGGCACCACACAAGAUUUUUUUUACCAUCUUUCUCCAUUGCUCUCAGUCUUUGUUUUUAGAUACAAUUUCCAUUCUUUUAUGUUGUCUUUCCAAUGCGUUCUUUUGUCUGCCUUUUUCUUCUUUUUCACGGUGCUGUUUCCCAAAGAAAGGUCUUUUAGAGCCCUGAGGACCUUGUUGUAUGGCCAUAGCGUUUAAGUUUGCUCUUUUUUACAGUAGUUAGCAGGUCAUUGUGAAGACCAAUUGCUGUAUUGAUCCUGUUUAUAAUCUCUUCAUUUGUGAAAUGAUACCUAGGAUCUUUCUGUCAUCAUCUUUCCUUUUGAGUUCCUCUUGGAACAUAGGCCUCAGUAAAAACAUGCCACUCUCCACAGUCUCUUGCUAGUCUUUUAAUGUUUUCCCAGCUCUUUCUUGUCCUCUCUGCUUCAUCUAAUACAUUGCGUUUCCACAUUCUUUUUGGUCUUCCUAUGCGUCUUUUUGCCCUGGGGGUUCCUGUAAGGCCUGUCUACUCUGUUGUUGGUAUCUUUUCUAAGGGUGUGAUCAAUCCAUGUCAACUUUUGCUCUAAGAUCUGCAUCUCUAUAUUUCUCUGUCCACCCAUCUCCCACAGUUUGGUGUUUUCUAUGUUGUCAAACCAGUGUAUUUUCAAGACAUAUUUGAUGAUGGUCUGUACUUUUGUUGUUGCUUCAGUUGUUCUCCAUGUUUCAGAACCAUACAGUAGGACUGCCUUUUUUUUUUUUUUUUUUUUUUUUUUUUUUUUUUUUUAAGAUUCUUAUUUUAGUCUUGUUAGAGAUGUAGGGAGAUUUCCACAUUGGUUUUUAUGUGUGUGAAUGUCUGAUGUGACAUUUAAUGACUUCAUCUGUACUGCAGCGUCUGUUUCAUUGUUUGGAUCCUCCACUCUUGGUCUGCAAUCAGCUUCCAAAAUUCGCAAGCAUAUAAGAAUGUGGUCAUGACCAGAGAGCACAUCCGUCUGAUUUGGCGUUGAGGGCUAUGCCUUUGUCUUUCCAUUUUUAAUUUUUCCUUUGUUUGACCUGUUAUACAAGAAAGAGACAGAUCGCUGAUCUGUAACAAGUGUGAACGCUUUACCAACUAAGAAAUGUUUCCAUUUCCUCAGCGACUCAACAAUGGCAUAUGCUUCUUUCUCAACUGAAGAAUGUUUUCUUUCACAUUUUGUUAAUGAGCGAGAGAAGAAAGCAAUGGGCCGGACAUCUUGGUUGAGGGUAGCUGCAAUGGCUAUAUCAGAAGCAUCCGUCUCAACGGUUAAAGGGCGAUUCGGAUCAAUAGUAUAUACGGCGGCUUUUUCAAGCUCAUUUUUCAAACUUUCAAAUGUUCUUUUGACUUCUUCGGAAAUUGUUGAUUUCUUGUUAACAGGCUUAUUUUUGUUGAGAAGUUAGGUAUCCACUGUGAGUAGUAAGCCAGAAGACCCACUACUCGUUUCUGUUCACGCAUGUUCACUGGUAUGGAUAAUUCCCUUAGAGCGCGAAAUCUUUCAGGAUCCGGCUUAAGUUGUCCUUUGGAAAUCUCGUAUCCUAACAGUCUCACUUUAGCAGUGCUAAUUUCACCUUUUGUUUCAUUAAGAGUGAUUCCAUACUUUUGAGCACUAUCAAGAAAUCGCUGUAGGUUUCGGUCGUGUGAUUCAGAGUCCAUACCGCAGAUGGUCACAUUGUCCACAUAAGCAAAAGUGUCAGUGAGUCGUUCGUCUUCGAUGAUUUUGUCAAUCGUACGCUGAAAACAGGCGACUCCAUUCGUAACGCCAAACGGAAUCCGACAGAAUUGAUACAGUUUUCCCACAUGCUUCGAAGGCUGUGAACAGCCUUUCCUCUUCUUUUAUAGGAAUCUGAUGGUAUGCACUUUUCAUGCCUUUGUCUUUCCAGAGUGUUUUGAGUUUUUCAAGUGUUGCUAUGGACUGUGCAGUUCUGGCCAGUAGCAUCUGAGAUGAUAGCUCCAUGGUAUUGAAAAGUACUGAUGCUUGUCAGCAUUUCGCCUCCAAUACUGAUAUCCCUUUUAAAGCCCUGUUAUUGGUCAUAAUUUUUUUUUUGGUAUUAAUUUGCAUGACUAUGGAAGUCUAUGUGCAUCACUAUGUUAUCUGCAAAGCACAUGUUAACAGUAAUUCUUCCUCCUAUGCUUACAGUACCUUUGUAGCCCUCCAGAGCAUCUUCCAUUAUCCUUCAUUAUUAUUAUUGAAAAGAGUAUAAACCAGACCCCAAUGUUGUUGAAGUACACUGCACUAGUGAGUACCCCAUACCAUACUCUGGAAAGCUUUCUUGAAAUCAAUAAAGACAUGAAAAAGAUUAUGUUAGUGUUAAAAGUACUUCUAGCAGAGAAGAGAUAGUUGGGAAGAAAUGAGUUGUUGUUUUUUUUUCACUAAAUAAGAAAAAUAAUUGAUAAGAUUUUUUUUUUUUUCAAGUUUGAUGUGUUUUUUUACUUGAAGCACUUGUAAAAGCAUUAAAAAAAAAUAAGAUGUUUACAAAUCUUUCAUGCAUUUUUUUUGUAAUAGUUGUAAAUACUUAUGUAUUAUAUUUCGUUAGUAAACUUCAAUGUAUUAUAAUAAAGUAGAUAGAGUAAGCAGGUAUUAUAUUUAGUACUGGUAUUAUAUUUAGUACUGGUACAUUAGUUUCCCAGUCAACUUGUUCCAUGUGCUAAUAGUUCUAGGGAAGAUAGAGCACUUAUAAGAAUUUGUCCUAGCCUACAGACAAUUACUAUGGUUAGUGGGAAGCGUGGUCGAGAGGCUAAGUGCGCUUGAACUUGGCUUGUCUUGGCUACCUAGAAGGGGGCUCGAGGUCCGACACCUGACUCGGGCAGAGUUGCGUUUACUGAGUGCCUAAAGGCAGCUCCUAGAUACUCCCUCCCCCCCCACUGGUCCACAAAUGAGAUUGGACCAAAGCGCUCUGAGCAUGCUAUAAGCAUGAAAGUAGCUAUAUAAAAUCUACAAUAAAUGGAGUGGUGUAUUUAGACUUGAAAAGGCCCUAAGCAUUUGAGAUUUAAAGUCCUGCUAAAUAUUUCAUGGGGGGCCCUAUGCUAUAGAUGUGUUGCCAAUAGGGGAAUCUGGUCCAGGGUUUUCUUGUUUUCCAUAAAAUUUGAUUUAUCUAACAAUAUCUUAGAACUAAUGCUUUAAUGUACUAGAAACAAAUUUUGCUCACAGAAAUAUGUACAUUUUUAUUUUGAAUGCUUGAUUAUAUAUAAUGAAUGACAAAAGUAUAAUUACAAUUUAUCCUUUUAUUUAGUUAACAUAACAAGGCGGAGGGGGGGGGGGGUGUUAAAAAAAGGAUCUAUAAAUAUGUUCGUGGAGUCUAUUGUUUGUCACCCUCCCCUUUUUUUUUCUUGCUUCUAUAUAUUGGUCUAAACAACAAGGAUGCUAAUUUUGUACAAAGAAUGAUAGAGCAUUAUAAAAAAAAAACU